AUUAAUACAAUAGGGGAAACCAUGGGGACUUGCACAACUUAUGGUUCCUUUGAUUAUCAUAUAUAUAUACUGAUCAUUUGUGUUAAAAUAGACAAAACAGGUAGCUCUCAAUCACUUAUAAUAUAUAUUUAACAAUGUUUACAAAUAUAAUUAGUGUACAUUAUGUACAUCAUCAUUCUAAACCAAUAAACCUUUAUGUCAAUAUAAAAUAUCCAAACUUGAUUGUAACUUUAUUAGUUCAUUGAUUAUUAUCAAAUUAUAUUACAUAGUGAAAUUAUUUUAUUUCUAUAUAGUGGAACCAAAAAAAAAUUUUUUCCAUUUCAUUAUUAGAAUUAACAAAUUUGUUACUAAGUCACAUUUUAAAAAAAACCCCAGAAAAAAACCAACUGUUUAAUGUGGAUUAUUCAUUCUCCGGGAAAAAUUACUUUACAUAUAUUGUUUUAGUGCAAUCAGAAUAGUUUUAUGCCAAUUACCCAAGUGAAAAAAUCGUAAGAAACAUUCAAUAACUACAAUCACAAUAACAAGAUCCUUUUAAAUACAAAAAAAUUACACACAAAUCAAAAGAAAAAGAGAAAGUGGGAAAAUUAAAUAUUAAAAAAAACAACAGAACAACCCAGCAACGAACUAAAAUUGAAAAGACAAGAAAACAAAAGGAGGUUAACUAAUUGAUUGACAGAUUAACUAAAAGACAGAUGUUUCGCAGCUGUAUAAUUCUAAUUUUAUUAAUAUUCAUUUUACUUUCUUAUUCUAUUGUACAUAAUACUCAUCCCAGUGAACAAAAUCAUACAAUUGUUUUGUUAGAUUUAAAAUCAGGCAACAAUAGUUUACCUAUUCAUCAUUAUCUUUCAAAUAUUAUUCAAUCAAUGAUCAAUAAACAAGAUUCAUUUGAACAAAAUCAUUAUAUUAAAACUGGUUCUGUAAUUACAAUAGAUUGCAUUGUAUUUAAUAUAAAAAAGAAGUUUGAGAAUGAACCGUUCAAUCUUAUUAAACAGCCUAUACACCAACAACCAGUAAAUAAACAUUUAAAACGACUAUACUAUACUGAUUGUGCAUCAAUAAAUAAGAAAAGAGAUUUAUAUGGUAUUCAUUGUAAUUAUUUAUCAUUUAAACAAGAGAUUACAAACAAUAAGAAUGAAUUGAAUGAAUAUAACAAGUUUCCAUAUAAACAAAUAGAUAUUUUUCGAUAUACAAUUUAUCAAGUAAAUAAUAGUUUCAAUGGACGUUGGAUAUGUUUUUCUGAUGAUGAUAAUAAGUCAAGUAAAGUUCAUAAUCUUAUUAUUUCAGAUUCACAGGAUUCUGAAGUUCAGUCACAUAUUCAUACUCCAACUCCUUCUACUACUUCAGUUCAUGUUAAGUGUGAUUAUACACUUUCGUCAAAUGUAACAAAUAUCACUGAGUUACACAAGAAUAAUUCAAAUGAACAUAAUAAAAAUCUCAUGAAUGUCAAAACAAUUAAUUGGGAGUUAUUAUUAAAUCCAUUUAAUCAGUUAAAGUUGAAUGCAAAAAAUAAACGUAAUGGAUUUGUACAUGAUGAAGGCAUAGAUUUGUUUACACCGAAAAUCAAUAGAUUCACUGAUCCUAAAGUAAGCAAAAGAAAAAUCGAUUGUCAGAUAACAGAUCAACAACAACGUCGUGACAAAAGACAGCUUGAUUACGAUGUUUAUUAUCCAUCUAAAUCUGUUCGUUUGGAUACAAACUUAUCUCCAGAUUAUUUCGUUCAAGUUGGUACUAUACUUGAAAUUAAAUGUACUGCUGAACCGGGUAAUCCACCUCCAAAAUUAUCACUUUUACGUCAACGAUUUGAUGAAUCUAAGGCAACAGUUAUACAAACUAAAACAAAACAUCUCAGUCAGUCAAAUUCUUUUAUAAAUAUACAUAAAGACAUAACUCAAGAAUUUAUGGUCACAUUAAGUGAAGAAGAUAAUGGUGCUUCUUUUUUCUGUGAAGUUACUAGUACUGGGAUCAAAUCAAGCAAAGCCCGUUCUGAUAGUGUACGAUAUAAUGUAUCAUUUCCUCCACGGGCAGUAUACGUCCAGUCAUAUCCCGAAGGUUUGAUUGCAGAGUCAAGUCAAAAAAUGUUUAGUUGUCAAACAGAUAGUAUGGGAAGCAAUCCUUCAGCUUUAUUAAAAUGGCAACAGCUUGAUUCUGCUGGUGCUAUUAUUUCUCUGGAAACUUUGAAAAUGUCCGUCACUGUGGACUUCAUCACGCAAAGUAAUGGUGCUGUUGUUACUCGUUCUAAUCUAACAGUUCUCGCAAGUAGAGCAUUGAAUGGAAGACGAUUUGAAUGCUCAGUUGUAUUCAAUGACUCAAAAACACUUCUUCGAUCAGAGGGGUUUCUGGAGGUUAUGUUCUCUCCAAAUAACAUAAGAUUAACAGCUCAACCAAUAAAUGGUGUACCAGAAGCUGGUCGAUUAGAAUUGACAUGUGCUACAAGUUCAUGUCAUCCACCUGCUGUGAUACGUUGGCUUGAAAUUCCACCAGAUAAAAUACAAGAAAAGAAUAAAAAUAUAGAAGAACAUUUUCAAUAUAAUAACUUAUUUUCAAAUGAAUUAACUGAUCUUGCCCAAUUAGAAACUAAUCAAGGAGAUUUUGGUGGAACUAAAGUUUUAAGUACUUUAAUCAUUACCAAAACUUAUCGAUCACAUCAAAAUACAAUUUACCAAUGUCUUGUUAAUCAUACAGGAAUGAAUAAACCUGUUCUGAGUGAGCAUAGAUUACAGAUCUUAUAUCCUCCAUCACUUCAUAUCAUCAGUCUUCCAAAUCAACCAAUCGCAAGACAAUCUGUUACAUUAUUCUGUCAAGCUAUUGGAGGAAAUCCUUCAAAUGACUUGACAUAUGCAUGGUUUGUAGCUAAAUCAACGCAAUUUUCUAGUUUAUUAAAACAAGAUGACGACACUCAAUUAAAUGAUGACCAAUAUGAACAAGAUACAGAUAAUUCAUUGAAUCUAUCAAGCCUAAAAAAUCAUUUUAUAUCUUCAUCACUCGUAACACAAAGGCCAGAAUUUGACAGUAUGAUACAACUGAGUGGAUAUCAUGAUUCACAAUUAAAUUUAACCAAUAUUAAAUUGUCUCAAGCUGGAUGGUAUGGCUGUGAAGUAUCUGGAAUCGGUGGAAGUUCUCAUGCAUUACAUCAUCUUGAUUUAUAUUAUCAACCCGUGAUGAAUAGACGUACACAAACUUAUGUUAUGGCGCAACUAGGUGAAUCUGUAACUUUAGCUCUAUAUUUAGAUGCAAAUCCACCUUGGGCAGAAGCUGAAUGGUUUCAGACAAACACUUUUAAGAAUGAAGCUGAAAAAAUCCACAAUUCUGAGCAAUACGUUGAACCACAAUCUUAUUUCGAACCACCUCAAAUAAAUUAUGGUUAUCCACAAUCGUAUGAUUCAUGGCCUCGUGUUAGAAGAACAAUAUUUAAUCGUUUUGAGUCACAUUUGUCAACAUCGGAUUUUUCUGGAGAACAAAAUUUACGUCAGUCUAUUGGGCAGAGAAAAAAUAUUUUUGCUUCCAGUGGUACUGGCCUCUAUGGUAACCUUACAUUUUUCCUCAGGUUCACAGAAGUCAAAUCUGUUGAUUUUGGUACAUACGUUUGUCAAGUUCGUCAUCAGUUAGGUGUGAAAGAAUUCACAUUUCACUUGAUAAAAAAGGCUGGGGUUGGAGUUAUAACAGAAGAAUCCAUUGAAGUUAUUCAUCAUGGAUCAACCACAAGUAUCUUAUUUAGUCCUCCACUGAAAUCUUCUCUUAUGAAACUUAUCCUUCGAGUAUGCCGACGUGAUGCUUUCUUAGGUAAUCACAAACAAAUAAAUAAACAAUCUGUAAGUAAGCAGCACUUCAAACGGGAUAUUCCACAACAAAAAGUAUCAAUUACUUCAAAAAAUGUUUCGAACCAAAAUGAUGUUGCAAGUCGAUUGGAUAGUUCACAGAUUUCAGCUAAUUCUAGAACUGUUGGUUGUGAAGAUUACCAGGUUGCCAAACCUUGGUUAGGAAAGAUGGAAAUACAUUUAUCCGAUGCAGUUCAGUUGUAUAAUUUUCGAUUUCUUCUAUUUCAAGGUACAAAACUUCUACAAGAAACAUCUCCUGUAUUAUGGCAACCAGAAAUAUCUAAAACGAGAGGUGUAUUCAAUAAAUCCUUGUUAGCAUUAGCAGCAAGUGGUGGUUGUGCACUAGUAAUUGUAUUUCUUAUCACAAUAAUUAUAAUCUAUUCAUGCUAUGGUCGAAAUAAACAUGAUUCAUUAAAAUUUUGGAAUAUUAAAAAAAGUUUGAAAUCGAGUACUUCUCAACAGUCUAGUAAAAAUCUAGAUGUUCCAAAUCAUAUAGGUUGUGAAUUAGGUUUUGAACUUCACAGUGAUCUUGGAUCUGUGCGUAGAUAUCAACCAGAAACUCCAUACAAGCAACCACCUCCAAGUGGUUCCUUCAUUUCAAAUGGAUAUGAUAAUUCAUUAAAUGGAAUCCAUCAUUUCAACUCUUUACAAAAUUCAGCAAUAAAUGGUGGAUUAGAUGGUAAUAGUAUUGAUAAUGAAUGUGCUGCUCUAUUACAUAGUCGUAAUUCAGUAGCUAGUAGUCAAAGUGCACAUAUGAAUAUGAUCAAUAGCAGAAUAUUUGCUGAAGCUUAUGCUGCAGCGGCGAGAGCAGCUGCAUCUUUAGUCAGUGGAAGCACUGAUAUUUAUUCACCAAGUUCACAAGUGACAAAUGAUCUAAGUUCACAAAAUAAUGAAGAACGUAAUCGAUCACAACAUUCACUUCUUUAUUCUAUGAAUCAAGAAAUUAAUAAUGGAUUUAUAAAUGGAUCAAAAGAGGCUAAUAUAAAUACAGAGAAUACUGGUGGUUGGAAAAAAUAUAAUAAUAGCAACAGUAGUAUAUGUUUAAAGAAUCGGGACAAGCGUAAAGCCAAUGAAAUUAGUAAAUAUAAAAAUUCUUUACAAGGAAUUAGAAAACAUUCAAGAAUUAGUUUAUCUGGUCAACUGGAACCUCGUGGAUCUCAUUUAUCUAUACAAAUGCCUUCAAAACAUUCAUUGAACUAUUCUCAAUGGAGUAAUGCUUCUGGUGCUUCUUAUUCUAGUUUAGUAAGUCCAAGUCAAACAGAUCUACAAGUUGCAGCUCAAGUAGCCGCAGCUGCGGCUGUCGUAUCGGUUGUAGAAAAUAUGAAUUUAAGUUUAGCUAUGAAUCAUGCUUCAUCACUUAAUAAUGUAGGUAAUUAUUGUCUUAUGCCUAGACCAGCAUCAAGAGCUGCAUCGGUAACUGGUCCUACUACCAGAAAUAUCAAUAAACUAUGGAUGGAAAAUGAAGAUGGAGAGAGUAUGAAACUUGGUAUAUUUACUCCACGAAAUGCUUCAACUGGACAGGCCACACCAACUGCCAGUGUUGAUACUGUUGAUCCAAAUUUACAAAUAUCAACUCCAAGUCCGAUAUCACAACAACAACAAUAUUCUAAUGAUGUUAAUAAUAACAAUAACAUAAAUCAGUUGAGCUUAAAUAAUCAACAAAUAAAUGGGAGUUUCAUUUCUCAAUUCAGUGCUCUUCCCCAGACAAAACUAGAUGAUAGGUAUCAUCAAAAUUAUAAUCCAAAUCGAUCAGCUGAUUCACAAAAUAUCUCAAAUCUAUAUGCAUAUCAACAACAACAAAUGUAUCCUAUUCAUGGGCCACGUGGACCAUACUCAGCAUUCAUCAGUCCAACAUCCCAAACAAAUAUUUCAUCACCAUCUAAUCUUAGUGGUAAUGAACAAAAUCCCUCCUUAAUGGCUUAUUAUCGUAUAUUAGCACAAAACCAGAUGCUUAACAGACAUAAAUUACAACAAUUUCACCAAUACCAAUUGAUUCAACAGCAACAACACCAACGACAACAGCAACAACAACAACAACACGGUAAAAAUGAUCAAUCGAAACAAACAUUGAAUAUGAACAGGUUGCAUCAACAAAUUAGUGGGUCUAAAAAUUUCAUAUCCGAUCAAAAAGAUCAAAAAAAUAAUUUAGAAAAUUGUACUCAACCCAAUCAAGAAGUUGGGCCAAAAAAAGAUCUAAAAUCUAUCCAAAUCAAUAAAAUAGUUAGUGGAUGUGUUGAUAAACAACUUGAUCCAGUUAAUAGUAAUAAAUUCCAAGAUCAAAAUAUACAAAAAAGUGUUAACAAACAUGAAGAAAACUCAUCUAUAGAUCAAAAAGAUGAACAUGAUAGAUCAUUAAUAAUGAAUCCAGAUUUAAAUGAAAUCAAUCGAACAAUAAAUCUAGACAACGCACAAAAUAAGAUACCAAAACAAGUAUUAACUACCGAAACAAAUACAUGUCAAAAAACGACUGAUCAAAUUUCUUCAAAUGAAACACCAUCUUUGUUAUUGAAUGAUAGACAAAUGAUUAAUCCUACUGAUAUUAAUAAUGGAAAUACACCAAAUAACAAAAACUUUAACCAACCUCUUACUGUAACCAUCACUUCAGACCCAUAUUAUAAUUCAGUCGCAAACCACAAUAUGUAUUAUAAGUAUAGUGAACAUAAAUCUCCUCCAUUAAAUAAUACAGAAUAUAAUGAACAUAAAUUCAAUGACAAUAAUGAUAAUAAUUGUCAUAUACAUUCAUCAAAACAAUCUCAAUCUUCCAUCUACUCCCAGAAUACAUCACAAUCACCAGCUUCACCACCUUCACAACCAUUACAAUCAACACAACAGUCUAAACAGCAACCUCGUUUAGGUAUUCAUUCACCAAUAAGAACAAAUCGUUAUUUAAACAAUACAGAACAAAGUGCAUUUAAACAAGUUGGUAUAAAUCAAGAAAAAUUAAGUCUUUCAAAUGAUAUAAAAUUAUCAAUACCGAAUGAUAAUAAAUCAGCUGAUAAUUAUCUAUCAAAUGAAAUAAAUAUUCAUUCAAAUUCUAUUGCAUGAUGUAACAAAACAAGAUAACUAAAGUUCAAUAAAAAUAAAUUAGAUUGUAUGUACAGUCAUAUAAAUUUAAUAAAUGUGAAUUGUCAACCUUUCAAUACUCCUCCACGAGGCGUAACAGGCGUUAGUAACCUUCCCAUAGAAUAUAUACAUAUUUAUGUAUCUAUAUACGAAUGCAUAUGUAUCAAUGAUUACUACUCAGCUUGAAUAAAGACGAAAGAUACUAGGGACUACUGAACAACUGUUUACUAGGCAUGAAAACAGUGACUUUAUUUUCAUAAAAUUAUAUAUAUAUAUAUGCUUCUCUCAUCUUUAUAAAUCUCUUAUUAAAUGCUCUUUUAUUCACACAACCAAUAAUCAUUGUAUAUCAAUAUUACAUUGUUCAUCUUCUCUUUAAAUUGUGUAUUUGUUUUUCUAAGUUGGACAAUUUAAUUUAAUAGUGUAAACUAAAUCAUUCAUUAUUAUUUAUUGUUUUUUUUGAUAAUAUCUUAUAUAGCACAAAAUAACUGUUCAUAAUAAGAUAGUGUUUCUUGUUUCUUUGUUUGUUUAACAGUGCAAUAUGUUCGGUAGACCGCGACAUGUUGAACACACAACCCAUCCAAUACGCAGAAUAAAUAUUUUUUUAAACAAA